AUGUCUACCUCAUCAUCAGCAGGCGUGAGAGGACAGGCUCCAACCAAUCCUCACCCCAUCCCUUUGACGGAAUCCGAAGUUCUGAUCCGCGGUUUCCUAGCCGCUAACCCGGAUCUCAGCGACGAUAAAUUGAACCCUAUCAAGAUGAUGACCGAUCGGUAUACUAACGAGGAGUGGAAGGCGCAGAUCGAUGAGACGAUCAAGAAUGUUAUGAAAGAGGUGGACAGUGGGGCGAGGGCGAAGAAGGUUUAUGAAGGUCCAAGGAUGAGGAAUGGAGAGGAAGCGCUUAAAGAGUUGGCUAAGACGGUGGAUCACACAGUUCUCAAGUUGGACGCGACGACCACGGUCAUUGAUGGGCUAUGCAGUGAGGCAAGGACGGAGAACUUCAAGUCGGUCUGCGUCCGCCUAAAUUAUGUACAACGCUGCGUCUCCAACCUUAAAGGUACCGACGUUCUCGUAGCCUGCGUUGUUGGCUUCCAUGAAGGAACACAAGACACAUACUACAAGCUGCAGGAAGCACGUGCCGCCGUAGCAGCAGGUGCCGCAGAACUCGACGUCGUCCUCAACUACUCUCUCCUUACUAAGCACAAUCGACCUGCUUCCCCACCAGCAGACCACAUUCUCGGUGCCCGAGACUCAGCAAUCGACAGCAUUACCGCCGCCAACACGGCCAUCAACGCCGGAAGCAGCACAGCCAGCGACAUUGGCGAAGAAGAGGCGGGAGAAAUCCCAGACUACAGUGCUAUUUACAGAGAACUGGCUAGCAUAAGAAGCCUCUGCCCUGCCCCAACAACGCUCAAACUCAUUCUCGAAACUUCGCAAUUGAACUCUGCGCAGAUUUUGGCAGCGUCUCAUCUUGCCGCCGCUGCUAGCUUCGACUUUAUCAAGACGUCUACGGGCUUUAAUGGACCAGGCGCGAAUCUUCCUAACGUGCAGCUCAUGGUGGCCGCGGCAGAAUACCUCGCGUCGCGCAAAGUAGGCAAGAAGAAGAUGGAGGUUAAGGCGAGUGGUGGAGUUAGGGAUUUGGACACCGCCGUGAAGAUGCUCGAGGCUGGCGCGACACGAUUGGGAACUAGUUCAGGACUGUGGAUCAUGCAGCAAGCGAGGGCUAAGGUGGGCGAGGAGAGGGUUGCGGCUGGAUUGAGUUCGUCCGAGGGAAGGAGACCUAGUCCAGUUACGCGGUUGUAUACUGAUGAUUCUGAGUACUAG